ACGUGCCAUCGCACUUCUCCGUCUGAUAGAAGCGUGAGGACGGUCUGGAGCUGAGGUGUGGAAAUGGAUAGAAAAGAUGAAAAGAGUGAAGCCAAAGGCAAAGGAGGAAAUAAACCUUUUCAGUCCGACAAACCAGAGGGCUUUUUACAAGUAGAAAGAACACUGAAUUUCCAUCUCCUACCCAAGACUGUAAAGAGAAGAGUUUAUGCCCUGAAGAGGCUCCAGCUCCAGAGCGCCAACAUAGAGGCCAAGUUCUAUGAAGAAGUCCAUGAGCUCGAGAGGAAGUAUGCUGGCCUCUACCAGCCCAUCUUUGAGAAGAGACGGGACAUUGUGGCUGGCGCCGUUGAACCCACAGAGGAGGAAUGCGAGUGGCAAAGUGACAGGGAGGAAGAGGAUCUUGCUGAAGAUUUGCAGAAAAAAGCUGCUCUGGAGGAGAAGCAGGCAGAUUCAGCCGGCGCCGAUGAUCCGAAAGGAAUCCCGGAGUUCUGGCUCACCAUCUUCAAACGUGUGGAUAUGCUGGAAGAAAUGCUGCAGGAGCAUGAUGAGCCAAUCCUGAAACACCUGCAGGACAUCACUGUGAAGUUUUCUGAGCCUGCACAGCCCAUGAGUUUCACAUUAGAGUUCUACUUCGAGCCCAACAGCUACUUCAGUAACACGGUCCUCACUAAAGUCUACAAGAUGAAAUCAGAGCCGGACACAGCAGAUCCAUUCUCAUUCGAGGGGCCGGAGAUCAUAGACUGUGAAGGUGAAGACAACGUUUUUUUUCAUUCAAUAAUUUACUCUAUAAACUUCCAUUGGAUGCUCAUUGUGUCUGUUUGUGUCCAGGAUGAAGACUUGGACUUCACUCUAGGUACAGAUUUUGAGAUCGGACACUUCUUCCGAGAGAGGGUCAUUCCCAAAGCGGUGCUUUAUUUCACUGGAGAGGCCUUAGAGGACGACGAGAGUUAUGAAGAGGAGGAUCUUGAAGAGGGAGAGGAGGAGGAUCUGGAUGACGAAGGUGAAGAAGAGGAUGAGGGAGAUUGUGAUCACACGAAAGACCCUCCUCCUGCAGAGUGCAAACAGCAGUAAGACUGGUGAACAGAUAGCCACGGCACAACUCGGCUGUCCGUCAGACAAUUAGAAGAUGUGGAUGCAGGCCUCAUUUCCUCGUGGACUCGCCACACUAAUGCAAUAGGAAACCAAACACUGUUUAGGAAAUGCAUGUUUGUUUGUUUGUUUGUUUAUUUCUCUACUGUUUACUUUUACAGAGAUGACCUCAGAUGACCUUCUCAUUCAUAAGUCGUGUAAUUUCGCACUCCAAAAUUUAACCCUCAAAAUGGAUCAUAUAUAAGGCUUAUGAUUUCUUUUAUUUUCUAUAUUCGAAACAUUAGAGCUGGUGUGCAAUGCAAGAGGGUCUAGCAAAGAUGCCACAUGUGUUUUGAAUUCUUAACGUCCAUAUGCAACCAUGGCCAUUUUUGCAACAUAGCAAGUUUUUGGACACUCCCCAGAUGAUAUGUGCUCCCAGUGAAGCAUUACUCAGGGUUUCUUUUGCCAACAAAAUGAACCUGCUGUCUUCACAAAUCUAACAUAACUUAAAUUUCCGAUAUAGCUGUUACAAUGUAGUUACGAAAGUGUUUUGAUGUGGAUCGUCCUGCUCAGUGGUAGUCGGAUGAUGUGGGUUGUGGUACUAGAAUAUUUCUGAUUCGUCUCCAGGGUUGGGCGUCAUCGAAUUCCCCAUCCCUGCGUGACAUAACGGAUAUCCAUGCCAUGCACGUUGACAUGGGAUUUCAAUCGUAUUUUAUUUCACUAUGUGGUUAUGUGUCAAGUUGCUUGCAUUCAUGCACAGAAUUGCAUCAGUAUUGGGAAUGUUAAUGAGCAGAUCUUAAAGCCAUUGCAGGUGUACUCUCCGUUUGAACUGUGUGCGAGCCAUAGCCUUAUCUGGAACUUAUUUGGUUUGUAAUGCAGCAUUGUUUCCAUUUUGUACAAAAUAGACAAAACGAUUCUAUUAAAUGUUGUUCGACAUGA